GUCACUCCCCUCGGUGAGGGAGGCAGCCCCGCCCCUGCCUUGCCGGCUCACCUUUCGAAGAUGGCGGCGGUGGGCACCGGGGUCCUUGGGUGGGGCUGAAGUCCGGCGCCUCGGCCAGGAAGACUUCCAGCAGCCCGGCUAGGAGGCCGGUCCCGGUCCGGAGAAGAGGGAACCGUGCAAGGAGGGUGGGAAAGAGGCCUCCUCGCACCCAGCACCAUGCUCCGUCGGGUGCUGGACCGGCCGUGUACCUUGGCCCUCCUCAUCGGCUUCCAGUUUGCCUUCAUGGCCUACUUUUCGCUGGGCGGCUUCCGGAACCUGGCCGCCUUCUUCGGGCAUGAGUCCAGCCCCGCCUUCGACUACUCCCGCACCCACGACGUCUACACCAACCUCAGCCUCUUGCCCCAGCAGCCCUGGCCCGGCAGCGGAUCCCCCCACUCGCUCCCCUUCUGCCCAGAGCGCUCACCUUACCUCCUCGGUCCCCUGACGGUGAGCUUCGGCCAGGUCCCGACGCUGGAGCAGAUCCAGGAGAAGAACCCGUUUGUGACCCAAGGGGGCAGGUACCGCCCGGCCGCCUGCGAGUCCCGUUCCCGCACCGCCAUCAUCAUCCCGCACCGCAACCGCGAGACGCACCUCCGCCACCUGCUCUACUACCUGCACCCCUUCCUUCAGCGGCAGCAGCUGCAGUACGGCAUCUACGUUGUACAUCAGGCUGGGAAUGCCACUUUCAACCGGGCCAAGCUCCUGAACGUGGGCGUCAAGGAAGCCUUGAAGGACGAGGAGUGGAACUGCCUCUUUGUCCACGACGUGGACCUCAUCCCAGAGAACGACCACAACCUCUACGUUUGCGACCCCUGGAGCCCUAAACACGUCUCCAUCGCCAUGAACAAGUUCGGCUACAAGCUUCCCUAUCUGCAGUACUUUGGUGGAGUGUCGGCUCUGACUCCGGAGCAGUACCUGAAGAUCAAUGGCUUCCCCAACGAAUACUGGGGCUGGGGGGGAGAGGACGACGACAUCGCCACCAGAGUGCGCCUGGCUGGCCUGAAGAUCGCCCGGCCUCCUCUCUCCACCGGACACUACAAGAUGGUCAGGCAUAAGGGAGACAAAGGCAACGAGGAGAACCCACACAGGUUUGACCUCCUGAUUCGGACACACCGGGCCUGGACUCAGGACGGGAUGAACUCGCUGACCUACACGCUUGUGUCCAAGGAGCUGCUCCCGCUCUACACCAACAUCACGGCCGACAUCGGCGCCAACCCGCGAGCCACCAAAGGCGGGAAGGACCCCUUGCCGGGCCUGCGGGGGAAGAACCUCCAGAGCGGCAGCAACCACGACUUCCGGGAGGAGAUGCUCCGCAAGACGCCCUUCGCCAAGCUCUCCCGGGCCAUGGGUUGGGGCGAAGCCACGAUCCAAGCCCUGAUGGACACGGGAAAGAAGGAGAAGCCCAACGCGAGCCCGACGGCAGGGAAAGCGGGGACGGAACCCCCCGGUUACAUCAAGGAAGCGCCGAAACAUACAGAAGAGAAACAUCGCCUGGAGUCGGGCUCUUCCGGGGAUUCAGCCACAGCCACAACACUGUGGAAGACGGCGAGCAAUCACACUGGUUGAAGCACAUUGAACUGGAUGAAGUGGCCCAAGCGCUCUGAGCCGUGCCUAGACCCAUGUUGACCUCUCCUAAGGCGGGUUCGGCACUGAAGGGCCCAGUUUGGCAUAUUUGGACCACAGAAACCCCGCGUUUCCUUCCCUCCACUUUCGGCAAACGGGAAACGUCAGUCACGACUUCCAGCAAGAGGGGAAUCGGGGUCGCGUUCACUCCUUGGAUCUCUACAUUCACUUUCUUGAUGGGUGGCGGACAAAGCAUGUGUGUUGCUGUGCAAUGGUGGGGUGUCCGGAAUGAGACGAUACGGCAGUUGUAUGUGAAUGAAUCAGGGAACUAGGCUUCACACAAACAGGGAUACGUUGUUCUUGCAAAAGGCCUGGACCUUAUUGCUUUCCCAAACUGGAAGCAGCACUUGGUUUUCGAAAAGGAGGCCAUUUGGCUUUAGAAAAGGAGGCCGAUAUGCUUUCGAAAAGGAGGCCAGUUGGCUUUCGAAAAGGAGGCCGAUUUGCUUUCAAAAAGAAGGCCAGUUGGCUUUCGAAAAGGAGGCCGAUUUGCUUUCAAAAAGGAGGCCGAUUUGCUUUCGAAAAGGCGGCCGGUUGGCUUUCGAAAAGAAGGCUGGUUGGCUUUCGAAAAGGAGGCCGAUUUGCUUUCGAAAAGGAGACCGGUUUGCUUUCGAAAAGGAGGCCGAUUUGCUUUUGAAAAGGAGGCCGGUUGGCUUUCGAAAAGAAGGCUGGUUGGCUUUCGAAAAGGAGGCCGAUUUGCUUUCGAAAAGGAGACCGGUUUGCUUUCGAAAAGGAGGCCGAUUUGCUUUCGAAAAGGAGACCGGUUUGCUUUCGAAAAGGAGGCCGAUUUGCUUUCGAAAAGGAGACCGGUUUGCUUUCGAAAAGGAGGCCGAUUUGCUUUCGAAAAGGAGACCGAUUUGCUUUCGAAAAGGUGGCCGGUUGGCUUUAGAAAAGGGCUGGUUGGCUUUCGAAAAAGAGGCCGAUUUGCUUUCGAAAAGGAGACCGAUUUGCUUUAGAAAAGAAGGCUGGUUGGCUUUAGAAAGGGGCUGGUUGGCUUUCGAAAAGGAGACCGAUUUGCUUUCGAAAAGGAGGCCGAUUUGCUUUCGAAAAGGCGGCCGGUUGGCUUUCGAAAAGGAGACCGAUUUGCUUUCAAAAAGGAGGCUGGUUGGCUUUAGAAAAGGAGGCCUGGCUCGUACAAAUCACAAAUUACUUCACAAAGAGAACCAGAAAAAGGAUGAUCAUGGCUUCGUACUGUUUUUAGCCCAUGUUUGGGCUCCUUCCCCCUGGAAAAUGGAGCUGAAAAGCAGGCACUGAGCUUGGUUUUGCUUCUCCUCGCGCACACAGAUGUUUGCAACUCUCGCGGGCACGUCGACGGGGAGAGAGGAUCCCUCGAUGAGCUUGACGUCCCCAAAUCCUUCCAAAGGUCUAUGCGAUCCCACCAAGCAGUGCGCUGGACCGGCACCGGCACCGCCCGUGCCCACCGUUCAGUGCCUUUGGCUUCUUCGUGUCCAGCAAGACAUUCAUCCAUGCCAGUUCUGUGAUUAGUUUGGAAUAUAAUUAUGUCCUUUAGAGCAAUAACCUCCCGUCCUCGGAAAAUUGGGUCACGUAAAUGCUGCGUCCAGACACUUAGAAUAGCGAGGAGAUACUGAAUCCGUUGGGUUUCUAGGUUCACAGUCACUACUCCAAAAAUGCUGGAAAGAAGUUGUAGUUCUAUGGCAGGCAUGGGCAAACGUGGACUUGAACUCCCACAAUUCCUAACAGCCGGAGGUCCAAAGUUUGCACAUGCCGGCUGCUAUGAGCCAAUCGUCGAUAUACUGAAGGAUGUCAUUGAUGUCCAAAACACCUGGAGGGAGGCUGUUAGGAAUUGUGGGAGUUGAAGUCCAAAACACCUGGAGAAAGGCCCAAGUUGGCCCAUGCCUGCUCUAUGGUCUUGGGCCCCCAACUACUUACUUUCCCAAUUCUUUGCCUUGGGGCUGGCCCCAGCCUGCCCUUUCCCUCCCACCUGCGUCUCACAAUCUCGUCCUCCGUCAAUGGUGUGUGGCUAUUUAUAUUCUUAUUUAUGGAGUUCUCUCUUGCUGUAGCUGCUGCUCUUCCCCAUCCGGUUUUUGAUAAAUCGAUUUUUAGGAAAAAAAUAAAAAUAGUGUCCAAGCCA